UGACCGACUUUUAUCCUUCGGAAUUUUUUCUUCCUUCUUUCCCCUCCCAAUUGAUGAUGGUUGCCGCAUCCGCAUGCGCUUGUUCGCCCAGAUCAGCCCAGCAAAAUGGAUAAGACCGCGCCCGAGACGUUUCAGCAGAUUCUCAGCUAUCUCGACGAGCCUCUGGCGCCAUACGCGUCUGUCAGCCGCAGAUUCCAGCAUGUGAUCGAGAGGAAGACAUUCGCAGCUGUCCGAACGCACAGCACCGAGGCUGCGCUGGCCGAAUUUGACAGCGUCUUUGCCGACGCGCGCCGACGGUCUCUGGUUCGGAAGCUGGACUUCUAUGUUGACCUCCCCGACAUCAGCAAGAAGCGCUUCAAGAAGCUGCAAAGCAGUCGCGAGGCUGCCGACAACGAUGCGACAUUCUCCCGAGCCGUUUCUGGACUGUUCACGAGGUUGCACGGUUGGGCGGACGCUUUGGGAGAUCCAGAACAGGCGCAGCCCUUCCAUCUCGCCGUCUCCAGCGCAUCGCCAAAGGACGGUUACGUACCGGAUUCCCCCAACAGCCACGGAGCCGACCCUGCUUGGCCGAUCCGGAACUGGUUCAAAUACAUCCAACUCGAGGGCGUCCGCGAGCUCCCCGUCCUACCCUUCGUCACCGCAUACAGCGACUCUGGUCGGAGAAUUCACCCGAGUGCCGUGGCAACCAUCUGGCAGGCCCUGCCGCGCAUCAAAAUGGUACGCUGGCGGCAUUACACCGCCCCUCGCCGGCUAGCGGCUUUGAAAACCAGGCUGAGAGCAUCCCUGUCAUCCGCGCUGCUCCUACCCGACUUUUCCCGCCUCGAGACCCUGGCGAUCUACCACGAGGAUUCCGACCCUCUCAACCACAACUGGGAGCCCGAGAGCCUGCUCGACGCCGGCAACCGUGACGCUUUGAGCCGGGCGAUAAACAGGGUCUUGAGAUUGCCGAGCAUCAGGAAGGUAAAGCUGACUGGCACCUGGAUCUUGUCGCCCGAGGUAUUCGCCGUCGACGACGACGACGGGGACGAGAGCCCGUUCCGGGCCCUCGAGGAUCUGGAGCUCGGCGUCUCGGCGAUGACGCCCGCGGGCGGGUGGUAUUUCACCGGCGAUCGGGCGUCGGCGCCGGCGAGCAGCGAGAGGGACGAGAGCGACUCGGAGGCGGAGCAUUCGCGCGCCGCGUUCGACUCGCAGGACUCCGAAGCCAGCGACUUCCUCCCCGAGUUCGAGUGGGCCCGGCUCGACGGCGACAUCCCGUACGCCGACUUCCGGCGCCAUCCCGACGCCGCGACGCUCGACCCCUUUCUGGUCGCCGUCGCCCGCGCCGUCGUCCGCAUGCCGGCCCUGCGGCGCUUCGAGUGCGCGUUCUCUAGGCAGGCGUCCCUGGAGUACUGGGGCCCGACGCAGGAGCGGGACCGCGUCAUGAGCGACGACUUCAACCGGUUCCUCGACGCGGCCCCCGGCCACGGCCGCUGGAGGAUGGACUUCGAGACGGAUAUGCAACCUCGGCCCAACCAAGAUCCUGUGCUGCCGCACUGGGAGCUCCCGGCGGAGCUGGUGCGCCUGCUGGAUUCGGCAGAUCACCGCAUUUACUUCACGCGUGGCCAUCGACGCGUCCAGCUGUAGAUGGUGGUGGAGUACGUGAUGCUAACCCGACUACGUGAUGCCAACCCUACAUACUACCGGCAUCCGGCGACUAGCUACCGGUACAUCUUCUACAGAGUUAGGAACUAGUACGUAGAACAAUGUGCGCGUGUCAAAAAAUUUUUUUUUUGCUAUUGCGAAUACGCCUGUACGCUGCUGAAAGCUUUGGCUAUACUAUUUCGAACCUAGCGAGUCUCAGGGGAAAGGAUUCGUCCAAGUCCUCUUAGUGUCGUCGACGGCCUCGCGCAGCUUCUCGAUCCUCUCCCUGAGCUUCUUGCGAUCGUCCGUGUCCGCGUCGGGGUCGGUGUCCUUGAGGACCCCCUCGAUCUCGGUGAUCCAGUUCUCGACGAAAUAGUCCAGCUUGUUCAUGACGAUGGUGUAGCGGCCCUUGAUGAAGCGCUUCCACGACUGGCUGAGGUUCUGCUUCGUGUAGCCGCGCUUGGCCGCGACCAUGGCGUCCUCGGCCUCGUCGAACCGGGUCGCG